AAAUGAACAAUGAUUUUGAAGAAUAUAUUCAAACGAAACUUGGACCAAUCAAACAAUAUGAUUCUGAAGAUUUUUUACAAUUAAUCGCAUUCAUUUCAGAAUAUUCAUAUCAUUUUCGUAUUGCCGAGAUGCUUAAUAUUCCAUUCCGUCAAUGGUUAUGGUUCAUAAUCGGUUUGUUAAUCGGUGAAAUCAUAAUCCUAUGGAUAAUAAUGGCCAUACUUGUUGAACGUUUAUAUGUAUUGGCUGAAUUUGAAAAUGAUUGCCAAAGACGUUCGAAACAGCAACGUCGUUCAGUGUUGUUGCCACCAAAUAUGAAAAUUAAUUUCAAUACAAAUAAUAGUAAUGAUGAUGAUUUACAAUCCAAAAAUUAUUCAUCAUCACAAUUAAUAAAACAUUACUAUACUACUGCUACUACUAAUUCACUGUUGGCAUAA